CUGGGGCGGGGCCACGUCCGCGCCCCGCGUCCCGCUCCCAUGGCCGCCCCCGGCUCCCCGCGCUGCCCCCUCUCCCGCGGGCCGCGCCCCAGGGCCCCGCACUGACGCCCAUGGCGCCGCCCGCCGCCCGCCUCGCCCUGCUCUCCGUCGCCGCGCUCACGCUGGCGGCCCGGCCCGCGCCCGGACCCGGCCUUGGCCCCGGACCCGAAUGUUUCACAACCAAUGGUGCAGAUUACAGGGGGACACAGAACUGGACGGCACUCCAAGGCGGGAAGCCAUGUCUGUUCUGGAACGAGACUUUCCAGCAUCCAUACAACACUCUGAAUUACCCCAAUGGGGAAGGGGGCCUGGGCGAGCAUAACUAUUGCAGAAACCCAGAUGGAGAUGUGAGCCCCUGGUGCUACGUGGCAGAGCAGGAGGACGGCGUCUACUGGAAGUACUGCGAGAUACCUGCUUGCCAGAUGCCUGGAAACCUUGGCUGCUACAAGGAUCAUGGAAACCCACCUCCUCUAACUGGCGCCAGUAAAACAUCUAACAAACUUACCAUACAAACCUGCAUCAGCUUUUGUCGGAGUCAGAGGUUCAAGUUUGCUGGCAUGGAGUCAGGCUAUGCUUGCUUCUGUGGAAACAAUCCGGAUUACUGGAAGUAUGGGGAGGUAGCCAGUACUGAGUGCAACAGCGUCUGCUUCGGGGAUCAAACCCAGCUCUGUGGUGGCGAUGGCCGGAUCAUCCUCUUUGACACUCUCGUUGGUGCCUGCGGUGGGAAUUACUCGGCCAUGACUUCUGUAGUCUAUUCCCCUGACUUUCCUGACACCUACGCCACAGGGAGGGUCUGCUACUGGACCAUUCGGGUUCCUGGAGCCUCCCACAUCCACUUCAACUUCACCUUAUUUGACAUCAGGGAUUCAGCAGAUAUGGUGGAGCUGCUGGAUGGCUACACCCACCAAGUCCUGGUCCGUUUCAAUGGAAGGAACCGCCCACCUUUGUCCUUUAAUGUCUCUCUGGAUUUUGUCAUUCUGUAUUUCUUCUCUGAUCGCAUCAAUCAGGCCCAGGGAUUUGCUGUCUUAUACCAAGCUGUUAAGGAAGAACCACCACAGGAGAGGCCCACUGCCAACCAGACGUUGGCCGAGGUGAUCACGGAGCAGGCAAACCUCAGCAUCAGCGCUGCCCGGUCCUCCAAAGUCCUCUACGUCAUCACCACCAGCCCCAGCCACCCACCACAGACCGUCCCAGGAUGGACAGUGUAUGGCCUGGCAACUCUCCUCAUCCUCACAGUCACAGCCAUUGUAGCAAAGAUCCUUCUGCACGUCACAUUCAGAUCACAUCGUGUUCCUGCUUCAGGGGACCUUAGGGAUUGUCGUCAACCAGGGACAUCAGGAGAAAUCUGGAGCAUUUUCUAUAAGCCUUCUACUUCGAUUUCCAUCUUUAAGAAGAAGCUCAAGGGUCAGAGUCAACAAGAUGACCGUAAUCCUCUUGUGAGUGACUAAAAGCUCCCCCAUGCCCAGGACAGGAGGUUCCUCUGAGCUCAAGGCACAGGGACCACCUCUCCCGUGGUUUCCUCUGAUGAACGCUUCCCUGCCUCUCCCUUGGCCUCUUCAGAGGCACCUGCCAAUGGACUGGGAAGGGGCGCCCUGCUGCAGGGGCAGGCGUAGCCUGGAUUCGUCCUGCUUCAUCAGCUGCACUUAGGAGAGAAACUCAAAGUCCCAGGGUCUGGCCCUCGUGUGUGUGUGUGUGUGUGUGUGUGUGUGUGUGUGUGUGUGUGUGUGUGUCUGAUCCAGGAAUGGGGGUGUCAGGACACUGGGGCUGAGAUGACAAAGAUGGUUGUGUCCAGCACUGGGUUCAGGUAUAUUCUAGAUGACUGUCAGGUGGUGGGUAAGUGUAUUGUGCCUUGAGUCUUGCUUGCUUCUUCUCUGUUUUGUCCACACAUAGAUCACUUUCUCCUGGUCUUUAUGGUUUAGAAGAAGGCCAGGCAGAGAAUUCUGAGGUUCUCUUGAGGGUUGGCCUGAUCCUCUACUCCUGGGUAUUAGCAUCCCCAAAGCCCUAAAGAGGGCCCAUGCUCUGUGCUGACUCGGGCUUUGCUCUCCGGGUGCUGGAUGAGAAAAGGCCUUCCAGUCUUGGACAGCCUGAGAAUUAGGUCUUCUGACCCCCAUUCAUGUCAAACCUGAAGCCUCCCACAUUUGGGCUUCUUCCCAUAGCUUGGUGACCAACAGAGCAAGCUUGUGGAGUGGUCGUAGAAAGCAUCCAUUUACUCACACAGCAGACUUCACGGAAAGCUUGAUCGGUGCUCAGUAACUUCUUGUUGGAUUGGAUUUGUCUGGCCUCGCCCCCAACAGCUUGUGGUCUUAUGGCACCUGAGCCAGGCCCUCAUCUCCAUGAUUCUCUAAGCUGACUCUCAGGUCAGUACCAGGAAUAUAAACUCAUGGCUUAGCCUGUGGGCAGCAUUGUGGAAGGCAGGGUGCCAGCUGUCCCUCCUUGUGAAAGAGGACGAAAACCCCUCACUGCGCCUAUGUUCUCUGCAGCCCUCUCUGCCCCUUCUUACAGGAACAGAAUGGCUUGGUGGGGAGGGAGAGGGCUCUUACCCCGGAUCCCACACUAUCCUGCCCCUGGUUGUGAGAGUCAGUGCCAUCUCCCGUUUAGAAGUGCCCACCACCCAUAGCAGGCUUGGUCAGCAGCAGUGAGAAGAGCACCCUGGGCCUCUGCAGGCCGGGCCUGGGCCUUGCUGUGCCUCUGGCCUCCCAGGUUCCCUCUUUGCAACACUUUGCCUCGUCUCCCCAAGUCCCUGAGCCACUGCCUGCCAUGGCCCUUCCUGGGGUUCUGCCACAUUGGCAACCCGUCUGAAACUGGCUGCUGCCAGAAAAACGGGGCAGCUGGGAGGUGUCCACAGGGAGAAGUGACACUUGGCAACCAGGAGAGAUGCCGGGAGCUGGAGGCAGAGGGGCCUUCAGAGGGGGAAUGGGGCCGUGCGUCCACAGGGGGGCUGGGCACUGCUCCAGGCACCACGUGAGACCCACCACCAGCAUGGAUCUGCCUGGUGCUGUCUUCACGCUUUGAUCUGGAAAGGGCUGUUCCCCGGGAGCAGCUGUCUGCAGACCCGGGGUCUGGAGACAGGUCUGUCCCUUCAAGGACCACUGGAAAUAUACUGACGUGUGCAGUCUCCCUUCCAAGCUAUUCCUGGCUUUUGAGGAAUCUCUUCUCAAACACAAGUGUCAGGUGUGCGGUAACAAAGGGCCCUGAGCUGUGAAUAGACCCACAUCCAAGGGAAUGUGGAAUUUGGCAAAGGGUUCACCCAGCCAGCAGGCAGUGCAGCUGCCUAAGACUUACUCUGAUCACUGGCCUUUGGGGCCACCCGCCCACCCUGCUCACCUCACACGCUGGUCACAGGGGCCAAGCCCCAAGCCAGUCUGAGCUGCAGCAGGAUCAGCCUUCUCAGAGAUCCUGGAAGCGCUGGUGACGCCCCAGUGCUCUCCUUCCUGCUGGUCCUGGAACAGCCCAGUGCCGCCAGGAUCAACUUACUGCCCAGGAAGGGGCCACAGGAAUCCCAAACCAGCUUCAGGACAGCCUGGGGGAAGAGAGCCAUAAAUCAUCUCGGCUGAACCUCCACAGACUCCUUGGCACAGUCUGGCCAUGUCUUGGUUGGAGCCUGUCAGCAACACCCCACAGAGGGUCCCCUGUGGCUAAGUAAAUGCCUGAGAAAGAAAGAGGUGAGGUGUGCCUCCAGGAGGCACUUGACCUUCUAAGACCCUGUGUAGAAGAGAGAAAGUGGGGGCUGGAGGUGAUUGGAAAGGGUGACCCUGAGAAAAGUCCAUUACAGAUCACAUAGCGGAAGAUGAUGAAAGAGGAAGGGGGAGGGGCUCCGGGGACCACCGGGGGCAGUGGCUCUGAAAGCAUCCGGUCCACAGCCUCUGCCCUGAGGUGGGUGCCUCAGGACCUGCGUGCCCUCCUCAUCCUGUUCACUGCUGGUACCCAGGCCCUGCUUCUCCGCGUGUGCCCCAACAUGAGGGAGGCAGCUAUCUUGUUGCCUCCCCUGUCCUUAGCCGUGUUUCACUGUGCCCUUGGCCCCUCUAGAAGGCACUCAGUGCCCUGUGUUCUUCCCCAUGUGUCACUGCUUACAGAGCAGAGAAGGAGUAGGAAUGAACCCCGGGUACCUACCCCCACACCCCCAUGUCAGAACAGGGUAUAAGCGAGGUAAGGUGAUUGCUGUAACUUCUGAAGUGUGGGCUCUGGCUCAAGACUCCAAUCAGCCAGAAACCCACAAAGAUCAAAGCACUAGUGAGUGCAGCCAUCCUGGACCUCAGGCCAAACCUGUGGGGAAAGGCCUCACCACACGCCCCAUCAUCAGCUCAGGCAGGAGCCGGCCUGACCCAGCCGAGGAUCUGGCCAGGCCAUCCCAGCACCAGCGGGCACGCAGGCUGUCGCCAAGCCUCUGCGCAUCCCGUCCGAGCACUUAAUCCUCACCAGCACUUAGUGGACGGCCUCAGAGAUCCCCGUCUCCCUGCCUGACGAGGCCACCCCAGGUCUCCCACAGAGCAGGCCAGCUCCAUCCAUAGCCCAGUCAACUGGCACCCUCUUGGGUUGCAAAACUCCUAUUUGGCGUUCGAUGCCGGCUAUUGUUACUACCUUGGGAAUUUUUAACCUUUUACAUGUUUCCUCUGGUGUCUUUGUUUACCUUCCUCACUCUUCUACCUCCUGGCCAGGUCUCUCAGCUUAGCUGCCCUGGCGUGGGGUGUUUCUCAAACCUUCCAGCCGCAGCUGCCUCCCCUCAGGCUGGCCGGCUCAGGGGUGAAAGGGCCUCCCCCUCUGCCUGCAGACCCAGGGGGGUGCCCAUUGCACAGCUUCUGUCUUGUGAGUCCAGCAUACUCAACGAGACGGAAGUGGGGUGUGGAGGAAAGUCCGAGGCAAAUCUGCUUCAGAAAGAAGGUGUCUUCCGGAGCACGAGGCGGGGAGCUGCCACCGCAGGGGUCACGGGCAUCCAGACCUGCCCACGUCCAGGCUCACCUUCCCGUGGGGAUCUUGACUUUGGAUGACAAGGCUUUAUUUGUAAAUAUGCUCUUAAUAUGCAACUUUGAGAAUAAAAUAGAAACAUCAUGUAUUUUAAAAUAUAAGAUGAAGUGUGACGCACUGUAUACAAUUUAAUAUAUAUUUUUAGGGUUUUGUUAUUUAAGAAAAUGGAAUGUAAUGGUACUUAACUUUUACAAAAGAGAGAAAAAUGUUAUUUUUACUGCCUGGAGAAAAUAAAUAUUCUCAUUGUUGUAGAAACGG